AAUCCGCGCAAUAAAAUUUUCUAAUAUUUCAAGUUUUGAAAUGUAAAUAAUUAAUAUCAUAUCAACAAUUAAAAUGGCAUCAAAGCUACCAGAAUGUGAAAUGUGCUGUAAGGAACAGGCAGUUGGAUGCUGCAAUACGUGUGGGAACAUUGGUGAAUCGUGUUUAGGAAUUCACAAGACAGGAAAGAGAUUCCAAACUCACAUUCUACAGAUGUAUGGAAAGGAUGGAUACGAUCCAAAGUGUAUUAUGUUUGAUAUCACAGAAGAGAUGUGUAUACACCAUCCGACUGAAAGAGCGUUAUUGUUUUGCAAAAAGGAUGAUUCUAUGAUCUGUGGUCGAUGUCUUCAUUCUGAUCAUCUUUCAUGUGGUAAUGAGGUUGUUGAUUUGUGUCAAGAAUUAAGGCAGUUUGAUUACGAACAAACCAAUGCUAUGAACGCAGCUUUAAAUGAGAUAAAGGAUGAAAGUAAGCGCAUGAAAGAAGAGGUUGAAAAGCAAAAUGAAAGAAGUGAUACGCAUGCGGCUAAAUGCAAUACAGAAUUGGAGCAUUUGGGAAUAAAACUGAAACGGAUAGUUGAAGAUGCGAUCAAUAGUGUCAAACAGGAAGCGUGUAAAUUAAAAGAGGAAAACAAAAAAGCCUUUUCAUGCAUUUCUUCCGUUUGUGAAGAGAAAGUGUCUUGGGCUAUCAACGAGGAAAGAAAAAUCAAUGAGUUUGUGAACAACUCGUUUACAGGUCGCCUUUACCUUAUGAAUCGGAAUUUUGAAAAGGGAAUUUCGAAGGCCAAAAGGCAGAUAAAAGAAGCUGCACAUAAUAAUACCUUUAAAAGUGUUUAUUUAAAAGAGAAUACGGCUGCCUUAAAGUGCUUGAUUGAAGACUUGAAUCAUGUUUGCGAACUUCCUGAGGAAGUUGAUGGAAGUGACGAUGGAACCACCUUCUCAAUCGGGAAUUCGACUGUCGAAAAUGAAAAAACGCGUAUGGAGCUUAUUGAAGACUUUAUUCAAGUGAAACUGGACAAAGAUAAAGCAGAAACGGCAAGAAAUGAGUUCAAAGAACAGUUAUUGCAAGCGAAACGGGACUUAGAAAAAACAAGGGGGAAACUCUGUGAUGAGCUGCAACAAGUGAAACAGAAACUUGAUCUUUCAGAAAAGACCAGGCAGAAACUGUGUAAUGAGUUAAAAGAAGUAAAACAAGACCGUGAUAAUUCAGACAAGACACGGAAAGGAUUCGAACAAGAUUUACAGAAAGCGAAACAGGGCAUAGAGAAGUCUGAAAAGAUUAAGAAAGGGAUCGAGGAAGAGUUACUGCGCGUGAAAAAAGGAUUGGACAAUUCUGAAAAGUCCAUGCAAGAACUGGGUGAUGAGCUGAAAAAAGUUAAAGAAGACCGUGAUGCUUCAGAAAAGACAAGGGAGAAACUCUGUGAUGAGCUGCAACAAGUGAAACAGAAACUUGUUCAUUCAGAAAAGACACGGAAAGGAUUCGAACAAGAUUUACAGAAAGCAAAACAGGACAUAGAGAAGUCUGAAAAGACAAAGAAAGGACUCGAACAAGAUUUACAGAAAGCGAAACAGGAUAUACAGAAAUCUGAAAAAGAAUGUACAACACUCCAGGCAAGGUGUACUCACUUGAAGGAUUACAUUAAAUGGACGCAGCCCACUGGAGAAGUGGAGGUCAAGAUUAACCUGGAACAACGCUUGCCAAUUAAGUGUGUAUUUACAUUCCCGGAUGGUAUUCAGACGAAAUACAAUCGAAGCCCGGGGAAACCGUACAAAGGCAGUACAAUUACAGGAUUGUUGAAGGACGACAAUGAGGGUCAGCUGGUUUGUAGGAUGUUGAAGGCCGCGUUUAGGAAAGGACUGAUGUUUACUGUUAAUGAAUACGAGUGUGUCGUGCUGGAUGGCUUUUCACUAAUUCGGUCUAUAGUUACGAUCUUGUCGAGAUAUGCGAGUUAUGAUGAAUACAUAAAGAAGAUUAAAGCGGAGCUUGCAGCCAAGAGCAUCACAGAGACGAACAUAGAUUUAACCGAGAAGCUGGAAGAGACAUUCACUGUCGAAGGUCCGUGACUGUCAUCGGACUUCUGUUAUUAUUAGUCUUUCUGUCCAGGCAAUACUUGUUUUAAUAGCUAAAGAUUUCUAGAAUCAUGUAAAAUAAUUGCGUUAAACGAUAACGUUAUUUGAUGCUUAGAUAUGGUAAACGUUAAUAUAUGGGGUAAGAAAGCAACGUUACAAAUAACGAACGGCAAUAUAGUUAUAUAACAUUGGGAUCAAUUUUCCUGAAGACAGAUAAAUUGACAACUUGUCAACACACAAAAAAAUUUUUUUCUAGAAAAUACUUUAUACUUUGUAUCUUAUCUUGUCUGGAAAAUCUUUGUUCUUUUAUAACAUUAGUGAGGUUUCGUGUGUUUUUUUUUGUACACAAUGCCGUCAAUGUUAAUGAAUUUGUCUAACUUCAGAACGACAUGUAUGAAAGCGCGAGGAAUUUAUUAAUCAUUGUACUUAAAGUGGGUCACAUUCUAUUUCAUGAAUGAAGUUAAUAUUACAUAUUUAGUUUGCAAAAUUGAUGUGAAUUGUGCAAAUGUUUAUGUAGGAAUAAAAGUUUAAAUAUGGCAAUAAAAACAUAUUUACCCCCUCAUUUUCAUAUUCUGUUGAGAAUAUUAAUGAUUUUUUAGGGAAACACCACAAAUGAGGAACAAUCCAUUGAUAGAUUCAAUACAUGGGGAUAUAUAUAUAACAGCAAUAACAAGGUUAUUGUUAAAAUGGAAAGACAUGCAUAUAGUUUCUCUCAUGUGCUCUAGGGUCGGCAAUUAAACAAAUUAAUUGGUCUCUGUCAUUUUUGUUAGGAUCACUCAUUGAAUAUGUUCAUAAGUGUCUCCCAUGUGUUGUAAAGCCAGCCAUUGCAUAUGUCAAUGAGUCUCUCUCAUGUUUUGUAGGGUCAGCCAUUGAACAUGUUAAUAAGUUUCUCUCAUGUUUUGUAAGGUCAGCUAUUGAACAUGUUUAAAGGUUUUCUUUCAUGUUUUGUGGUGUCAGCCAUUGAACAUGUUUAAAGGUUUUCUAUCAUGUUUUGUGGUGUCAGCCAUUGAACAUGUUUAAAGGUUUUCUUUCAUGUUUUGUGGUGUCAGCCAUUGAACAUGUUUAAGGUUAUCUAUCAUGUUUUGUGGUGUCAGCUAUUGAACAUGUUUAAAGGUUUUCUAUCAUGUUUUGUGGUGUCAGCCAUUGAACAUGUUUAAAGGUUUUCUUUCAUGUUUUGUGGUGUCAGCCAUUGAACAUGUUUAAAGGUUUUCUAUCAUGUUUUGUAGGGUCAGCUAUUGAAUAUGUUAAAAGCUUUUCCUCAUGUUUUGUAGGGUCAGCCAUUAAACUUGUAAAUAAGUUUCUCUAAUAUAUUGUAAGUUUAGGCUUUGAACAUGUCUAUAGAUGUAUCUUGCAUUUUGUAGAGUCAGCCAUUGUACAUAUUAACCGGUUCCUCUCAUAUUUUGUAAGGGCAGCCAUUGAACAUGUUUAUAGGUUUCCCUCAUGUUUUGUAGGAUCAGCCAUUGAACAUGUUAAUAUAUCUCUCACAUAAUUUGUAGGGUCAGUCAAUGAACAUGUUAAUAGGUUUCUUACAUGUUUUAGGGUCAGCCACAUUGAACAUGAUACUAGAUUUCUCUAAUGUAUUGUAGUGUCAGCCAUUGAACAUGUUAAAAGGUUUAUCACAUGUUUUGUAUUGUCAUCCAAUAAACAUGUAAAUUUGUUUUUAUAGGGCAAACAAAUGAGCAUGUUACUGUGGGUCUCCAUUAUGUUAAAGCAUGUUUACAUUGAUCUUUCCUUUCAAAGCAAUAUAUUGAUAAUAUAAAGUAAUUCGUAGUAUUGAAAUAAAGGCGGACAUCAUACAAAUGUACCUUGGCAGGUAAACGGUAAUAAAGUUUGCAAAUGCCAAUUUAGGGUUUUAUCCGUCAUGGAUUAAUUAACAUUUACAAAUUACACUCGAUUUCAAUAUAGUUUUACUACCAGAUAUAGGGAUUCAUCCGUAAUGGAUUGAAUUCCAUUAUGGAUUACACACAAUUUCAAUAUAGUUUUAUUAACAGAUUUAGGGAUUCAUCCGUUAUGGAUUGAAUUCCAUUAUGGAUUACACACAAUUUCAACAUAGUUUUAUUAACAGAUUUAGGGAUUCAUCCGUUAUGGAUUAAAUUUCAUUAUGGAUUACAUACUUUUCAACUUUUUUUUUACUAAAAAUAAACCUGAAAUACUAAAACAGAAAACCGGUGAAACAGUCUCAGUUAUCUCAUAUCAACAUAUCAACAUAUAAUUCAAUAUCAAAUUGUGAAGUUGUCUUUUUUGUAAAUCAAAAUUAAAAAAGCAACUUAUCUGUUGAAAAGAAUCCUCUUAAAAGUUAUUGCAUUUUACCGUUUUAAUCGAAACAAUUACGCUUUACAAUUUGUUAUAAAGUUAUGUUUUAAACAAACCUCUUAAAAAUUCUUUAUAACGCAUUAACGAAAUACCAUCUUGAUUACGUUUCCUCAUACUUUUGUAAUUUGGUAUCACGAAUAAGUUUAAGCAAAAACAUGUUUUCGAUCUAUUCACGAAUGUCAUUGAUCUAGACAGGUCAGACAAUCGUGUCAAUCAAAUGUCCAAGUUAUAUGAAGGCAAAGAUUACCACAUGUAGAGAUUAACAGUUAUAUAUUGAUACGUGUCAGGGUUUGAAUUUAACUUUGAGGAGCACUCGCAAAAUUUUGCGAGUGCUUUUUUUAUAAAAAUCAACUUGCAAUUUCAUUAUUUUCUUUAUUCCCUUAUAAUAUUGUCUAAUUAAAGUAGAUAUUUACAACUAAGACAUAUUAUGAAUAUUAAAAGGAUCCAUACGGUGUAUAUGUUUGUGUUUAUGUUUAUGUAUAUGUAUAUCCGUAUAAAAUAUAU